CACAUAACUACGCCUGCCAUACUACCUCCUGAAUCUCGCGUCGCUCGAAUCAACCCACUCCCAACAGAGCACCUCAUCGAAGAUAAACUUGAUUCAAUUCGCGCUGAGGGAAUCGAGUCGAGAAUCCUAAAGAGAGAACCCCCAGGUCUUUCGCCGAACGAACAUCAUGGCCAAGAAGCCAUCAGGUCCCGCCUACGUGCUGGGCGUUGGCAUGACCAAGUUCAUAAAACCGCGUGGCAAGGUCGAUUAUCAAGAGUUGGGUUUCGAAGCUGGUGUCAAAGCUAUGCUGGAUGCCCACAUCAACUACGAUGAGGUCGAGCAAGGGAUUGCAUGCUACGUGUACGGAGACAGUACCUGCGGGCAGCGCGUCUUUUAUCAAUUUGGACUCACACAGAUUCCCAUCUACAACGUCAAUAACAACUGUUCCACAGGGUCCACAGGUUUGGCUAUGGCUCGAACGCUGGUCUCUCACGGGGCCGCAGACUGCAUCCUGGUUGUUGGCUUUGAGAAGAUGAGCCCGGGUAGUCUCCAGUCGGUCUACAGCGAUCGCGCGAAUCCGACUGGCCUGUUCGGAAAAAUGAUGGCCGAGACCAGAGGAGUCACGAAUGCCCCAGGUGCGGCACAGAUGUUCGGCAACGCUGGUCGUGAGUAUAUGGAGAAGUAUGGUGCUGAAGCCGAAGACUUUGCCAACAUUGCGCGGAUUAACCACGAACAUUCCAAGCGUAAUCCGUACUCCCAAUUUCAGGACGAAUAUACUCUCGACCAGAUUCUGAAAUCGCCGAUGAUCCACGCACCUCUGACGAAGCUGCAGUGCUGUCCAACAUCCGACGGCGCGGCCGCUGCUGUGGUCGUCUCCCAAGCUUUCCUUGAGGCGCAUCCCCACCUGAAAGACCAGGCAAUCCUGAUUGCCGGUCAAACGCUCGCCACUGAUCACAGCUCCGUGUAUGAUCGCAGCUCUAUUGACUUGAUGGGAUUCGGAAUGGCCCGCAAUGCGUGCCAAGCUGCUGCGGCUGAAGCGGGAGUGAACGUUAAGGAUAUUAAGGUGUGCGAGUUACACGAUUGCUUUUCUGCCAACGAGAUGAUCACCAUCGAUGCACUGGAGCUAUGUGAGCCGGGAAAGGCGCACGAGAUGGUGCGACAGGGAGACAUCACAUAUGGCGGAAAGAUGGUCAUUAACCCUUCUGGAGGUCUUAUCUCCAAGGGUCAUCCCUUGGGGGCAACGGGAUUGGCGCAAUGUGCAGAGCUUGUUUGGCACCUGCGUGGCUGGGCCAAUAAUCGCUUAAUUGACGGCACGGAUGCCGCCCUUCAGCACAACCUGGGGCUGGGAGGUGCCGUCGUGGUAACCGUAUACAAGCGAGCAGAUGGCAAGGCCGCAACACCAGUACCAUCGGAGACAGUGGCAAAGAUCACGGGGCUUGGGUACAACCCGGCUGUCGAAGCUAAGGGCUUCACAGCAGAGCAAGCUCGAUCAGUUCAAAGUCGGAAACAUAGUGACAAGUGGGCGUUAGCCGACACGCAGGACCGGGUGCUGGCGCGGUUCUAGCUCGAAGGAUGUGUAUAGGACAACACUGGGCUCUAGGAUGUGAAUUAUAGCAUUGCAGAGAUGUAGUAAAGUACGAGCUGCAAAGCUCGGCCCUCGGAGUAAU